AGUCUUUGUUUAGUUGUCAGUUAUUGGCAGUACUUUUAUUAGAAUUAAUUUUAAAAUUCAAUGUUAAAAAGUUCAGGAAAAAAGAGAUUUUUUAAAUAUGGACAGGUGCGAUCGAAGACUGAGCUAUGCGGCUGGCAAGAAGAAGGUGCUCUGUGUGGGCAACGCUGUUGUCGAUUGCAUAUCGAUUGUCAAUAAAUUUCCCAAGGUGAUGAAGCCCGAACGCUGUGUCAAAGGCAUCUGGCAGCGCGGAGGGAAAGCGGCAAAUACGGCAACUGUGUUGCGCAAUCUCGGCAUGAACGUGGAGAUCUUUGUGAUGCUGAGCACUAAUCCAAUGUUUCGAUUGCUUUUGGAUGAUUUGCGGCUGCGAGGCAUUGGCAUUGACAAUUGUCCACGGCAUGAGAGCAAUCCGCCCUUCUCCUUAGUGUUCCUCACUAGGGACACAAAGACCUGCACCAUUACCAACUGCACCUCAAAGUUUCCCUAUGUCACGCUGGAGGACUUCAAGAAACUGGAUCUCAACAAUUACGGUUGGAUACAUUUUCGCGGACGUCAAUCGGAUGAGGCAAUGAUGAAACAUGUGGCUGCUCAUAAUGCCAUGCACAAAGAAAAGAUCUUCGUAUCCAUGGAAGUUGUGUCGGAUCUGGAUAAUCUUUGGCCUAUGCUGGAGUGUUGUGACUAUGCCUUCUUCUCGAAGCAGCUGGCAUUCCAAUAUGGCUGGCAGAGGCCCAGAGAUGCCUGUCGAUGCUUGGAUGAGAUGAUGGGAUUUCGCUUGACCAAUAAGCGUCCCUAUGUCCUCUUCAUGUGGGGCAAGCGUGGCGUCGGUCUCCUCGACAACGUUGGCAACUAUCUGCGGGUGCGUGCGCAUAAGAUCGCUCGGGUUGUGGAUGCUCUCGGUGCUGGGGAAUCCUUUGUAGGUGCCUUCAUCUAUGCGUUGUAUGUGCGAGAGCGAACUGCCACGAUUGCCGCCAGCUUUGCCAAUCGCAUGGCCGCUCAUAAGUGCACCAAAUUUGGCUUUGAUCAUAUGGCCAACAUUUUAGUUGAGCCUCCAUUGUAAAUAUUCUCAAAUUAAACUUGUGUAAAAGUGGUUCAGCUGCAUAAUUAGUUGAAAAUUUAAAUUGUAAGUGUUUUUGGCAAAACAUUUCGGAUUAUAUAAUAUAAUAUUUUCUGUAAAGUAGCUUCAGCUAUCAGAAGUUUGAAUUAACUGCUAUUCAAGAGGUAGUAAACAAAGAACUAUUUACAAAUAUUUCUAAUUACUACCUAAUAAA